UUGAUAACCAGGACGUCAUCUUCAAAAACAUCAUAAAUGGUGUGGCUCUAUAUCUUUCCAUAUCUUCAGAACAUUAUAGAUAUAUAGUCAAACUCUUAUUCAUUCUUACAUCUUCUCAAAUGUUAUGCCAUUAUUAACUACAUGUUUAUUAACUACAUGUUACAAUAAAUUAUACACCAAUAAUAAAAUUAUAAUGAAAAGUUUUAACUUUUCCAGAAAACCAACAAUAAUAAAAUUUAAUUUUCUUGUUUUUUUCCAAAUAAAGAUUUUAUUUAUUGUACAAAUAGUGUUAAGAAGUUGAAUAGUGGCCAGUUUGCUAGUAAAUAUGUCGGCUCGGUAGCAUUAUUAAAAUAAAUAAAUAUCCCGAAAAUUAAGAGAAAAAAAGGCAAAUAAGGAGAGAAAAAAGCUAGACCUGGUGCUUUUUUGCAGACCUUUUGGGGUAGUAGUUGUCCUGGUCGCUGAUCACCAUCAUCUCUUUCCGACAACAACUCUGAUGUUCUUUCUCUCCCGUGUGAGCUAGCUCUCUGUCAUAAAAAAAUCUCUCCUGUUCCACUCGAUCUUCUUCCUUCCUUCUGAAAAAAAACGGAAUCUUUCUUUCGUUUUUUUUUCUCUCGGUCUUGUGACUUUAUUAUUAUUGGUGGCCUCUCCGAAGAUUCCGCUUGUGAAAAAAGAGUCGUGCUUUUGAUCUCUCCCUGAGAUUCCGAUAAACUGGUGGCUGUGUCUGAAGUACAAAGCAGAGAUCUUGGAGUCAACAUUUCAGAUUACUCAUUAAAAGAAACGAUUUUUAUUGUUUCUUUCUGCGCUGACUUGGAUUGUGAAGAGUGGAAGUAGAAACCAGUUGAUUUCGUUUGGCUUGUGGUAUAGAGAAAGUUUAAGGUCAAUGAUGAAGAUGCAGCUUUAAACACAAAGGUCUCAGCUUUGUGUAACCUCAGAUUCAGGUUGUUAUUGGGUUCAGGAGUAAAAGUUUUCAGUAAUCAUGAAAGCUCCUUCAUCAAAUGGAGUUUCUCCAAAUCCCCUGGAAGGAGAAAGGAGAAAUAUAAACUCAGAGUUAUGGCACGCUUGUGCUGGGCCACUGAUAUCGUUGCCUCCAGCGGGAAGUCUUGUUGUUUACUUUCCUCAAGGUCACAGUGAGCAAGUCGCGGCUUCAAUGCAGAAGCAGACUGAUUUCAUACCAAGCUACCCAAAUCUUCCUUCUAAGCUCAUUUGCAUGCUCCAGAAUGUUACAUUGAAUGCUGAUCCUGAGACGGAGGAGGUCUACGCGCAGAUGACUCUUCAGCCAGUAAAUAAAUAUGACAGAGAUGCAUUGCUUGCCUCUGACAUGGGUCUUAAGAUAAACAGACAGCCUAAUGAAUUUUUCUGCAAAACCCUCACGGCGAGUGACACAAGCACUCACGGUGGAUUCUCUGUACCACGCCGAGCAGCUGAGAAAAUCUUCCCUGCUCUGGAUUUUUCGAUGCAACCACCUUGUCAAGAGCUUGUUGCUAAGGACAUUCACGACAAUACAUGGACUUUCAGACAUAUUUUUCGAGGUCAACCAAAAAGGCACCUGCUAACCACAGGCUGGAGUGUAUUUGUCAGCACUAAAAGGCUCUUUGCUGGGGACUCAGUUCUUUUUGUAAGAGAUGGAAAGGGGCAACUUCUGUUGGGUAUAAGACGUGCAAAUAGACAACAACCUGCGCUUUCUUCAUCUGUAAUAUCUAGCGAUAGCAUGCACAUUGGAGUUCUUGCUGCUGCAGCUCAUGCUAAUGCUAAUAACAGUCCUUUCACCAUUUUCUACAACCCGAGGGCUGCUCCUGCUGAGUUUGUGGUUCCUUUAGCCAAGUAUACCAAAGCUAUGUACGCUCAGGUUUCACUAGGUAUGCGGUUUAGGAUGAUAUUUGAGACAGAAGAGUGCGGAGUUCGGAGGUAUAUGGGUACAGUUACUGGUAUCAGUGAUCUUGAUCCUGUGAGAUGGAAAAACUCUCAGUGGAGGAAUCUUCAGAUUGGAUGGGAUGAGUCAGCUGCUGGUGAUAGGCCAAGUCGAGUUUCAGUUUGGGACAUUGAACCGGUUUUAACUCCUUUCUACAUAUGUCCUCCUCCAUUUUUCCGACCUCGGUUUGCUGGGCAACCCGGAAUGCCAGAUGAUGGGACUGACAUGGAGUGUGCGUUGAAGAGAGCAAUGCCGUGGCUUGACAAUGGCUUGGAGAUGAAGGACCCUUCCAGUACGAUAUUUCCUGGUCUGAGUUUAGUUCAGUGGAUGAGUAUGCAACAGCAGAACGGCGGCCAGGUACCUUCUUCUGCUGGUUUCUUCCCGUCGAUGGUCUCUCCAACGGCGGCUAUGCACAACAGUCUCGGCGGAGCGGAUGAUCAAUCAAAGUUAGUGAGCUUUCAGACGCCUCCAGGGGGGAUUUCCUCAUCAAACCUUCAGUUUAACAAACCGAAUCUGCAAGGGGCAAUGUCCCAGUUACCUCAGCCGCCAACUACGUUGUCUCAACAACAGCAGCUCCAGCAGUUGUUGCACUCCUCUUUGAACCAUCAGCAAUCACAGCCUCAGCAACAACCACAAUCGCAUCAGCAGCAGCAACAGCAACCACAAUCACUGCAUCAGCAGCAACAACAACAAUCACUGCUGCUGCAGCAGCAGCAACAACAACAACAAUCUCUGCAGCAACACCAUCAACAACAGCUUCAGCAACACCAUCAACAACCGCUACAGCAACAGACUCAGCAGCAGCAGCUACAACAACAGCAGCAGCAGUUAAGAGCGCAGCAACUGCAAUCUCAUACGCACCCACAGCCACAACAAUCUCCUCCGCACCCACAGCCACAGUCACAUCCACAACAGCUACAGCCACAUAAGCUGCAGCAAUUUCAGCUUCCGCAGAAUCAGCUUUAUAAUGGUCAACCAGCAGUGCAGCAACGUCAGUCACAACAAGCAUCUAUGCAUCAUUUGCAAUCCCAAGUAGUUUCGGGAUCAAUAGCAAGCAGUGUCAUCGCGCCUCCGUCUAGCUCCCUUAAUCAAAGCUUUCAACAGCAACAACAACAGUCUACGCAGCUUCAACACACACAUCGCCAUAUAGGUGCUAGCACUAGCCAGAGUAGUGUAAUUGAAACCAGCAAGUCUUCAUCUAAUCUGAUGUCCAUACCACCGCAAGACACACAGUUUUCACGACAAAUGGAACAGCAGCAGCCUCCUGGUCUUGUCCAGGGACACAAUCCGCAACAGCAGAAAACUCAACAGUCACAGGUUCAACAAAUAUUCCAGCAGAGUCUCUUGGAACAACCCCAUUUACAGUUUCAGCUGUUGCAGAGGUUACAACAGCAACAGCAGCAGCAAUUUCUUUCUCCAGGAAGCUCGAGUUUACCUUCUCAGUUACUCCACCAACAGCUGCAAAGCCAGCAGUUUCCGCAGCUACCUUCUCCCUCUCAAGUUCAGCAGUUUCCAUCGUCCUGCACCAACACUGGCUUACCCUCGUUGCAACCACCUCAAACGCUGGUGAGCCGGCCUCAGGACAAACAAAACCCACCGGUUGGAGGAGGGGCCAAAGCUUAUUCAGGCAUCACAGAUGGAGGAGAUGCACCUUCCUCUUCAACCUCGCCUUCCACCAACAACUGUCAGAUCUCUUCUUCAACCUUCCUCAACAGAAGCCAAAGCGGGCCAGCGAUCUUGAUACCUGAUCCAGCUGCUGAUAUGUCUGGUAGUCUUGUCCAGGAUCUUUACAGCAAAUCGGACAUGCGGCUGAAACAUGAACUCGUGAGUCAGCAAAAGCCCAAAGCUAGUUUAACAGAUCAUCAACUAGAAGCGUCUGCCUCUGGAACUUCUUAUGGUUUAGAUGGCGGGGAAAACAACAGACAACAGAAUUUCUUGUCUCCAAACUUUGGUCUGGACGGUGAUUCCAGAAACAGCUUGUUUGGAGGAGGAGCCAAUGUGGAGAAUGGCUUCGUACCUGACACGUUGCUCUCGAGGGGAUACGACUCCCAGAAAGAUCUGCAGAACAUGCUUUCAAACUAUGGAGGAGUGACCAAUGACAUUGGUACAGAGAUGUCUACUUCAGCUGUGAGAACCCAAUCUUUUGGUAUCCCUAAUGUGCCUGCCAUUUCAAACGAUCUAGCUGUCAACGAUGCUGGAGUUCUUGGUGGCGGAUUGUGGCCAACUCAGACUCAACGGAUGCGGACUUAUACAAAGGUGCAAAAGCGAGGUUCAGUGGGGAGAUCAAUAGACGUCAACCGCUACAGAGGUUACGAUGAGCUGAGGCAUGACCUUGCACGGAUGUUUGGGAUCGAAGGACAGCUUGAAGAUCCUCUAACAUCAGACUGGAAACUUGUCUACGUAGAUCAUGAAAACGACAUACUUCUUGUUGGUGAUGAUCCGUGGGAGGAAUUUGUAAAUUGUGUUCAGAGCAUAAAGAUCCUCUCAUCAGCUGAGGUUCAACAGAUGAGCUUAGACGGGAACUUUGCAGGUUUACCAGCUACUAAUCAAGCUUGUAGUGGCGGUGACAAUGGUAAUGGUUGGAGAGGUCAGUAUGAUGAUAACUCAGCCACCUCGUUUAACCGGUGAAGGCAGAUGAACAUCUCUCACAGACGGAUUCUUUUCUCUUUUGUAAUAUAUUGCUUCCUCUGUUUGAUAACAUGUUUCAAGUUUCCACUGGGCCCUGUAGAGCAUUUACCCUGUACAAUAUAUCUUCUUCAACUAAGUUUACACGAAGAUUUUAUU